AGAAAACGUCUUGUCCUGAUCCUGGAGUAUCCGUCGAUGGUGCAAGGAAAGGAAGUUGUUGUUUAGUCGGAGAUGUUGUCACGUAUUCCUGUAAGAAAGGUUUUGAAUUAGUUGGGACAGAUACUCUCGCUUGUUUGACCACUGGAAACUGGAGUUCACCAAGACCACUCUGUCGUCAUUAUUCUCGUUGUGGUUUGCGCCCUAAUCAUGGUAGAAGAACAGAUGGAGAAAACACGAUUACUGGCGGAGAUGCCGCUGAAGCAUGGCCUUGGAUGGCUGCUGUUUAUUUUACGCCAAGAACUGGAUUCCCAGUUAUGCACUGCAGUGGAUCCAUCAUCCACGAUCUUUACAUAUUGACAAAUGCUGAUUGCGUCGACUACAUUUUCAAAGAAAGAAAAAAAGAUACCCCAAUCACUGUUCAUUUAGGUCUGACGGAUAUUGAGAGCAGACUUUAUGAGGAAGUGAUUGAUGUCAAGAAAUUGUAUAUUCACGAAAAACACCGCAACGACGGGAAUUAUGAUUAUGAUAUCGCUCUCCUGAAGUUAGGGAGAUCCAUUGUAUACAAUGACUUUGUAAGGCCUAUCUGUCUGCCCCCAACAAAUUUAUCUCCGGAGACCACUCUGUACAAACCUAAUGAAACCGCCAUUGUAACCGGUUGGGGUACAGAUGUCAGAGAGGAUGAAGGAAUAUAUGUAGCUCUCGGAAUGAGGCGAUACGUGAAAGAAGUCAAUCUUAAUCUACAAUCAAAAGAAAAUUGUGUCGAUUUUUUAAAAAAGAAGAUUCGAAAUAUGAAAUUCACGGAAAGAAUGCUAUGUACCCGUGGAGAUGGAGAAGACGCUUGUGUAGGUCAUAGUGGAACUCCUCUUGUGCAGCCACGAUUCGAUUCUGACGGCGACAUUUACUGGACACAAGUUGGGAUCGCCAGCUGGAGCUUCUGGCCGUGUGGCCGCGAAGAUGGAGAAGACAUUUGUGUACGAGAUAGGGGAAGUCCUCUCAUGCAACCACAAUUGGAUUCUGAUGGCAACAUUUACUGGACGCAAGUCGGGAUCACCGCCGAGGCAUUCAAGCCGUGUGGCGGCGAAGUUUCUUACACAUUUUACACUUAUGUACAGGCUGUGGUUCAAUGGAUAACAGAAAGAAUCGAAGAAACAAUAAAUGAAUAAGAAGGAAAACUAAUUUUAAAUAAACUCAAAAUUUUAGGCACAUGGCAGAAGGUGAAGAAUUACUUA